CCCGCCCGAUGCGACCAGGGCCGCUCCGUUCCGCCACACGAUCUUGGUUCGCUUCGUGCGACUCCUCCUCCUCUUGCGCCGGUGCCGACCUCGCCUCGCCUCGCCUGCGUCGCGUCGAUCUCGCCAGCGGCGGCGCCAGCCGGCCGGCGUCUGCUGCGUCCUCCGCAUCCUCGCUCGCCGAGAGUUGGGGUCAAGCAAAGUUGGUUGUUUUUUACUCGAAUGUCGUGAGGAACACCGAGGAAUCCUCCAGUUUCGCAUGAGACCCAUAUGUUGAACAAAGGUGAAGCUGUGCUGUGGAGACCUGAUAAAAUUUUCUAAUAAUGCUUGUGCAAAUGAAGAAUACUGUUCAUCUCACGCUAUUCCUGUGUUCUUUCUCAAGAAUGCUUUGCUCCUAUUCUUUUAUUGAAAUCAAUUUGUGUUAUUAUCUUCCCAUUCGUAAGGUGCUGACUAGUUCACUUUUUUAUGUCAUAGAGUAGGAAGGUUCUCUGUACUGCAAGUGUUUGGAUUUCCUCGAGCCGAAUGAGCUUUCACUGGUGGAUGUGGUAAUAAAAGUCCCUGUUUUCAGGAUUUUUCAUGGACCCGGGAAAACACAAUGGAAUGAGUCUGAAGGACAGAAGAGAAUUAGUAUAUGAAGUUUCACAAUGGCCACAAGGUGCCUCUGAGAUUUUACAAUGUUGGACUCGCAGAGAUCUUCUUGAGCUUAUCUGUGCUGAGUUGGGCAAGGAGAGGAAAUACACUAAUGUUCCAAAAUCUAAAAUGAUUGCUUAUCUGUUAAAAUUAGUUUUACGAAAGAAUGGACAGCCAAAGGAUGAUAAUGCAAAUGCUUCAAUUUUGGGGCAGAAUAACAAAGAUGACACAGAGAAGAAAGAAAAUGAGGAACAGCCACAUCAUUUCAGCAGAAGUGCAAAGUCUGACUCAUCAAUGUGCAGAGAGGCCCAAGCUGGUAGCACAGCGGUAUGCCGAAAUGUUGCAUGCCAGGCUACUUUGAACUCUGGAGAUGCGUAUUGCAAGCGUUGCUCUUGCUGCAUUUGCCAUAAAUAUGAUGAGAACAAAGAUCCUAGCUUAUGGUUGGUUUGCAGCUCUGAUACACCGUACUCUGGCUAUUCAUGCGGCACAUCAUGCCACCUAAAGUGUGCUCUAAAGAAUAAAAAAGCUGGCAUUUUCAAGAAUGGGUGCAACAAGAAGUCAGAUGGUAGUUUUUACUGUGUUUGGUGUGGGAAGAUGAACUGGCUAAUGAGGAAUCUGCGUAAGCAGCUGGCAAUUGCAAGAGAAUCUAGAAGAGUUGAUGUACUGUGUGAGCGUUUGUCACUGACUCAUAAAAUGGUGAAAGGGUCUGAACGUUACAGGGAACUGGCAAACAUAAUCAACUCAGCUGUGAAAAUACUUGAGAAAGAAGUUGGUUGUGCAUUAGAUCAAGUGUCUGCAAUCACGGGGCGGGGCAUCGUGAACCGGCUUUGUUGUGGUGCUGAUGUUCAAAAACUUUGUUCAUGUGCACUAGAAAUGGUAGACUCCACAUUGAGUAGCACCCUGGACUUCGAAACAAACAAUAAUCUGGAAGCGCCAGGUCCCCAGCCUCAAGUAUUUUUUGUGGAGAUUACUCCAUUUUCUGUGCUUGUUGUAUUGAAGUACCAGGAUAAUAUCGCUGAGGAGAUUGAUGGUUGCAAAGUUUGGCACCGAAGUGCAAACAUGGCCAACUAUCCAGCAGAGCCCACUUGCCACGUUCUUAGACCAAAUACAAGGAGUCUUUUUUCAGGUCUAAGCCCUUCUACUGAGUAUUUCUUCAAGGUUUUGCCUUUUGGCUGUUCACAGGGAUAUGGCGAAUGGGAGGUAAAAUGCUCUACACGAAGCCUUAACCAUGGCAGCAGCCAGUGCUCAACACAGAAUUCCGAGAGUAUGUCCAUCAAGGAGGAUUUGGAGCAGCAUCAGAAAAAUGAGUUGAAUCUGAAGAACAAGCAGUGGUGGGGCAUUCAAUAUGACUCACCCUCGGCAAACUCGAAUGAGAACGAUGUGUGUCCUGACCUGCACCCUAAGCGAGCUAAGCUCGCAAAGUUGGACGGUGCAAGUGACAACGACGAAAGCCAGUUGCUGCCAACAUCAGAAGUUUUACCAUUCAUGAGCUCUAAUUCUUCACUUUCAGAAGUUCCAAGCAAACCUGACUGGGUUAGCAGCACCCCAGAUUCCGCCUGCAAGAACCAUGUUGAGAGGCAGUAUGAAUACAGUGUGAAGGUCAUUAGAUGGCUGGAGCAUGAAGGGCACAUGGACAAGGAUUUCCGCGUGAAGUUCCUCACAUGGUUUAGCCUGAAGGCGUCGGCACAGGAGCGACGCAUUGUGAACGCCUUCGUAGAUGCUCUGGUGAGUGAUCCUGCGAGCCUGGUAGCACAACUGAUUGAUUCGUUUAUGGAGGUUGUCUGCAGCAAGGAGAAGCCUGCUCAGCCGAAUGGUGGGUGCUGCAACCUUUGGCAUUAGAAAGUUCCAUUGCCACUGAGGAAUCUCACUAUCAUAUUUUUGCCAAUAAUCAUCUGCAUCGAAAAGCUGAGCAAUUCAAGCUAUGGCUUAUUGCUUUAUUUGAUCAAUUUAACACUAGUUGCUGAUUGCUAGGUUUCUGAACUGUGGUGGUGGUGGUGGUGGUUAUGUUAGGUGUAUGAACUAAGCUGAAGUUGUUGACAAGUGAUUCCUGGAAUGCUAUAAAUGGAGGUAGGUUUAGAUGCUUCAAAACUGGUAUCAUCUUAUCCAUAAUGAUGAUAUAUCAUUUGUAUUUUCCCCAAAUCUCGUUGCUUAGUGAUUGCUGACAUAAUCUUCUUUAGUUACACCAGUUUUAUGAACUAGGCCUAAGUUGGUUACACUCUCUUGGAGCCAAACUUUGCCUAGCUAAUGCUCAUCUGCGAUUGUUCAGUGACUGUAGACGAGCAACCGUAUGCAUCUAGUGGAAAUUUCGUUGUUGGUUUGCAA